GCUUGAUUUUUAAAUUGAGAACCCAUACACGCCCUUUUAAAAUGACAUUCCAGAACCACAAGACGCUAGUUUAUCUCUCCGACUAGCGACAUAGCAUCUUCCCCAUCAGUUCUACGAAGUUCAAUCGCGCAACGACGAACAUCCCAAUACCUCUGAUGAAGUGCAACAGUACAACAACGAACAUCAUUCAAAUCACGGAGAGACGCGGUACUAGUUAUUUCUCAAAGCCUGAAGAAGGUGUGAUGGACAAUGCUGGAGAUACAACGGCUGAAGAGAGGUGAUAAGGGUGAUGGAGAGCCGCAGCAUGGAAUUGCUGAUGUUGAGCGAGUGACAGUCAGAUCUGGAGGAGCGGCGCAUAAGGAACAGCGCUGGAGGAGCGGGGCUGAAUGAGCGGCGGAGCUUCGUGAGGCUAUGUCUAUCUGUGUAUGAAGUAUUCCGGUGAUGCAGAGCAGUGCGUCAAUUUGCUGCCAGUUGAGGAAGAGCAGUGCGUCGCUUCGCCGUCGGUUGAUGCAGAACCGUCGUAUUCGUCCGUCCCUUCGUCUUAUUUGCCGAGUGUUAAUCUGGAGCAGAAGCAAUUGGGAACCCUAGCCUACUCCGGUUUUAAUACGGAGUAAAGCAUAUGAAUAAACUUAUACGGAGUAAUCCUCUACUUAAUAGCACUACAAUUCUAGAAAUGAGUUUCCCGCUCAUACAAACUUCUCAUAUCAUCCGUCCUAUUCUAAUAAAAUGAAUCGACGGCUUCUACCUUCCGUUUCUUUAGGUUCUUGACUUCUUUCUUUACCCCAAAUGGAAGCAAGGUCUUUGGGAAAUCAUCUACCCGGAAAUAGAUCGGUCACUAUAGCCUCCUUCAACUUCGUUCUUCAAUGUUAGGUUCAGCCAUCUUUGCUGAAAUCAACGUCACCGAUAUCGUCCGCCCAAAAAUCAUCCUUAAAAGGUGUUUUCUUCAAUUUCAUUCUUCAGCCAUUCUCCAGCAUCUAUCUUUGCGGAAAUCAUCCGUCGAAAAUGGAGUCAACCAUUACAGUCUGGGAAAUAUCUUGGCCGAAAUCCAGCCAAUUCAAACUGACUUUGAGCUUCAAAUGCAAUUAAGGAGCUUUCUAACAGUACUCAGCCAGAUUGAUGUUUUGGAAUCACAAUUUAAGGAGCUUAGAACUAGAGUUGAUAAGGUACUAAAAUUGCCAAUAGCUUGCUUUCCGGAGAAUACUCAAUUCCAAUUUUGAUGCCUGAUUGUUCCAAUUCUUUGAUAAUAAAAAAGAAAUUUGAGGAAUGAAGACAAACUUCAAGACUCGCAAUCAUGUGCGAAGGCAACUUCUUACAAAAUCUAAACAGAAACAAGAGGUAGUUGAUGGAAAUUUUGCAUACCAGGGAAGCCAAACGUUACACCUGCUUUUACCGUAUUUAUAAAGUGGUGUUUAGCCGACUCCAAAAUCUUUUGGGACCAAGGCUUUGAUGUUUUUGUUGUUACAUGUUUUACUUCAUUUGAAAUUAGUUUAUUAUUCAGAACAACUUUUUAGGAUGUAAUUGAACAUGGGUAGUCAAGUGAAAAAUAUUUCCUAUGAUGAAAAAAAAUGGUUAUUGUAAAUUUAUUUGAGAGUUCCUCUGUUUAUUUAAAUCAUUAAUAUGAUUUGGACUGUUCCUU